AGGAGAAAAGAAAAUUACCGUAUAGAAGUGUGGUAAUGGUUGCCCGCUGAAUUUGAUUGUUUUCGCAGACGAAAUCAUGAGUACAGCGAAGCGAAAGAAGCGAAGUUCGAGGUAAGCAUGUUUGUAUUUUACUUUCGGGUUUUGUUCGAGGUUAUAAGGUGCUAGGAAAUAGAGUUAUAGUAAACGUGCGGAGGGAAUCCCAAAUGACCCGGAGUGUUACGUUCAACGUGUCUGCCUUUGAAAUCUCGAUCAGCAAAAAACCACUUAUAAUUCGAUUCUUUUCAAUUACGCUGCCACACUGAUAAAUCCUUUGAGAAGAAAUUUCGUUUUGUUUUUCAUCAUUUGAACGUUGUAUAAAUCUAGAGCGGAUUUUACAAUCUUGCAGUCGCAAUGGAAAUGUGAGCAAGCUUACAUGUAUACCCUAGCCUUUUCCGGUGUAUGUUUCCGAAUGCCUGCCUUUCAAAAAUGUUCGGAUUUUCGCUCCCCGCGAAGAACACAACUUUAGCUCUUCUCAGCAAUGAUAUAAACAAACCCACCAACUGGCAAGUACGUAAAUUUCGCCGCAAUCCUGUCGGCGAUUGAAAAUAACCUGCCAGUUGAAUUUGCAUUCAAUUCGUCAAAUGACAUUGUAUUACUACAGACGCCGAUGAUGCCCGCAACUUUGACAACCUUCGAGUUCGUUUCUAUUGUAACAACUUAGGUUGGUUUGCUUUGAAAUGCGGUCUUCCAAGGCAAAAACAGUUAGAGGGUGUUCAUUUUGUGCUUGAAUUGCCCGCUAGUGAGGACGUUUGUCUCGUCGAUUUUAGUUUAAUAUAUCUGAUGUUCUGUGGCGCGGCAUAUUAAGUUGUGUAUUUCUAGAGAUGUGACCUUUGACAGGACAACAUACUUUUACUUCAGCAAAAGCGAUAGAAAUAAAUGUUGUGGUGAAAUGAACGAUUUUAAUAUUUACUAGACAGCCGAAAAAUGAAAGAACAGUUUUCGUGCGCGAUGUGAAAGCGGUCCUCUACAAAGAAACGCGCGAAAGCAAACUUUUUCUUGGACGGAAACACAAAGAAUCGCUCCGCCAGAAAUUUACCGCUCGAUUACGGCGUAAGUCUACUUACUUUUUCUCAAAUCAGUAUUUUUUUAAGGUCGUGGUAGUAAUUUAUUCAAACAAGGUCUCCUUCUGUGGCAAACUAAAGCUUUUGUUUGAAGCAGGCAGACCCGCCAUGUUUGUCUUUGCGAGAUCGAGGUGAUGGUCAAAAUUUUUCUCCCGAUGCACGGAAUCAAUUUCUCGCGAUCUACUGGUCGAAAUGACAUAUUUCUUUUUUCUCCAGAUUCUUUGAAGCUUCCAGAAGCGUUUUGUAACGUUUUAGUGGUUAAUUUCGUUUUAUUUUACGUGCAUCGAGCUCCUAUAACUUUGUCCUCUAUGACCAUAAUAAUUUGCGACGGAGAAAAACAAUUCUCAGGACGAUCUAUAUUAUUCCAAGCAUUUUGUUGCGGUUCUCAACAAGCCGUGCUUGACAAUUGAGAACUACUCAAAUUUUGUAUCUGAAAAGAUCGAUUUAAGAACGGGAUUUCUAUGGAUAGGGGGUCUCCGAAACCUUUACAACGCUUAACGCGCAAAACAUUGUACAUUUUUCGAAUGUUUUUAUCAAUUUACAUAUUCAGCUGGCUUGUCGAAUAAUUCUUUCCAUUUUCUUUUUCAUGGGUGAUACACAUGUCCUUUAUCUCUGGUGAGCGUCCCUCGAUUCUUAUGCAAAUUUUCCAUGAAAGUCUUACAUUCUAAGGUUCAAGAGGCUGGAAAAGCAGAUUCCGUGAGUCGAGGUGUGAAAUCGACAUCGCUUUUGGAAGUUCUGUCACGGCGAAAUUUUCAACCCGGCUCGGGUAGAUCGUAGCCUUGUUACGGCUACCUAGUGUGCUUCACGCCUUAAAUGCUCUUUCCACUUUUAAAAAAUAAACAUCUUUUGUUAGUGGCAUCGCUAAGAAACACUAUGCACUUUCCCGUGUUUAUGAAUUUCUUGUGUCGUAGAAAAAAAAAAAAGAGAGAUUGCGGUCUAAUUUUUGCCCUUCAAGGUCAGCCCUAAGAAUCGUAGUAGUAUCUAGAUGGCAUUUUGAAGUGUAACUCCACCAGGUUCUUGUCUCCUUUCCUGGUUUUGGGAAUUGUAAACCGGGAAACCGUUAGACAUGACAAGCUUCAAGUGCCUUUAAUUAAAGAAGCGGACACACAAUUUACAUACACAGGAUUUAAGCAAUUUUUUUUUUCGAAGUCGAAUGUCCGAUGUUUUUCUUGUGAUUUCUUUUAAGAAUGCAUAGCUGAGUGAAAUGUUUUGAGAACUGAACGUUAUGUACAUUACAGUAUUUGAUAUAUCAGUAAUUUGUGACAUGAUAAAAUAAAAAUCCUUGUGAUGACAGCCCCUCAAAAGAGUUGGCAGAAAGAAUGUUAAUAAUGUAUUGAUAGGUUAAAGGGUUUGCUUUGCGAGCCAAAAACUAAUUGAUUUUCCGAGUGUUUUUUGUGGUAUCUUUAUGCCCAAUCACGUCCUGUUCAACCUCAGUAGCACUGUGCAACUGCUGCCAAAUGUGAUUUCAGUUGAAAUUGUCUAUUGUGGCUGUACAUUCACAGAAGAAAAGAGAAAACAUUCUGUGUCAAGUUAGUUUGAAUAAUCAGCUAAUGAGCUUAAGAUGUCCAAUCGGUUGUGCCUCCAAUGAUGUCUGGACAGGAGUUUUUUAUUAUUAUUUUCCAUAAGUAGGAUUACCACAGAUUUCUUGUCACUCCAGUUGUACGUUAGGCCUAAGGCCUUAUUCCUUGACUGGUAUUAAAUGACCACAGUUUGACUUCUCCUUGUUUCUACACAGUUUCAUUUUUUGAGAUAACAUUUUUUUAUCAGUUGAAUAUCAUAUGAUAAGCUCAUUGCAUUGUCCUAUCACAAGAAUGACAAUGACCUAGAGGGGAAAGUAUGCCAAAACUCCAUAAGGCCUUCUCAAUUGUUAACUGCCUCCUUCUCAAGGUUUUUUAGAUUACUUAGUCUUGUUAACAGUGGAUGAACGUUAUUCAUUUUUUUGCAUUGUGUCAUUUUGUUGCUUUCCCUUUUGUAUCACCAAUUUUGCCUGCCUAAUUUCACUCAAAUGAGCUGUUACUAUGCUGAUAUAACAUUGUAUAACUGUGACAAAGAACGUCUUUGCCUUAGGCAACUACUUUCUCGCUUUUAUGGCAAAUUAAUAUGUCUUGAACUUGACAUUAAAUACAUUGUCUAUAGGGAUUGAUGUUUAACCCCUGCAGCGCAUUUUUCGAAAACCCAGGAUAAUUACCGGGUCCAGAAAGAUGUUUUAUGUUUCCUGUGAUUACCUUCAAGAUCAAAGUUCUUUUAGUUUUGAAAGUAAUACAGCAAGCCAUUAGUCAUUCAAACAAAAUUAAAAAAGUGAAUACUUUGUCGGCUAAGACUGACACUAUUACGGUAUUAUGUAAUUUAUAGAUUUGGGUCUGGAAAGUUACGAAGACUUUUGAGAAACAGGAGCUCAAUGAGUUUUUUUCCUUUCUCAUUGAUCAAGUUUAUUUUGCAAUCUGUAGAUUCUGUUGCCUAAGAACAUAUGUUACAAAUGUGAAUAGCUACUCUCUCAGUGGAAUGGUCAUUAUUUAGGUUCAUUUUCUCUACCCAAACCAGGCUUUUCAUUAAGACUUCUAGUAGCAGGAGAAAGGUGUAACGUUACGGGAGAAUAUUCUGAUUCAGGCUCCACAUCUGAAAAAAAAAUAGUCAUAGGCUACUCAGUGUUAGCCGGAGAAAUCUGCGUAGUAAACAGAGAAUUCUCUGAUCUCCAAUGGCUGAUGAACACCAUGUAUAGUGCAUUCAAGACUACUCCUGUUCAUUGUCUUUUGGAAUUUUUUUUUUUCUUGGAACAUCACAGACUGAGUUACUGAAUAAUGACAGUGCAUGGUCAAAAAUGUCUGGAGUGAAUUUCAGAAAUUUUUCUUUAAAAGUUACAAUAAAAUAUUUGGCUUUUGUACUGUACACGAAGUUCUCGUCUCCACAGAAAGAGGGGUAGCCUUUUUACUACAUGUACCUCCCCUUCCCCAAACAUAAAAAUGUGAUGUUUGUAGAAAAUAUAGGAUAGUACUUAAUAAAAGGCACCCGUACAAUUUGUCUGGCAUUGUAAGCUUCAUACAGACAAAGUAUUUUGGUGUUUACUUGUUUAGCUAGACAUUAUUUUAUAGUGUAUGUCUAUGAGUUUUAUUACCCACAUUCUGUGACUGGACAAUGAGUAGGCCAUAUGUUUUACCCCACUACUUGCUUGCACUCUGUCUUUCUCCACAGACAACCCAUAGAUAUAAUAAAUGUUUCGUCAGUCUAAUUUUUUCUUAGAUUUAUGGUGCAUAGAUUCGUGUUUUGGCCUUAAAUCCUCUGGUUUUUACAUGAGAGCUGGCCAAUACAUUUAUAUUAUUUAAAUACGUCUAAAGGGCAGCAUGCAUGAUGUUACUUGGGGUGUUUUUAAUUAUUUCUAUAGCUCCUGAUUGUUUUACAAGUGGUGCAAUAUAAUUUAUAUUAUUUUAAAUUAAAUAUUUAUUUUUUGACAGCCUCAAGGGUUCCCUUAAUCCUUCCAAACGUCAUCGUGACCGCUUCAACAUUGAGUUGGAUAACCUUGCAAAACUGCUUCCUUUCCCACAUGAUGUGAUCCAGAAAUUGGACAAACUCUCCAUUCUCAGGCUGUCUGCCAGUUAUCUCAGAGCAAAGAAUUUCUUUAAAGGUAUGCCACACUGAUUAUUGAUUUUUCACUAUCAUUUUUACUAUAAAUUAGAAAAAAUCAUCAACUUAAGAAUAAAGAGAACAAAAAAAUGACCAUCACCACCACAUACAGUAAACCGUUGUUCCCCCCGGCUGCUAUGAGAGUGAUCCCCAGUAAUAGUGACCAACAACAAUUUUCUCCUAACAAUAUCCAUACAUUGUCAUGAGAUGAGGUUAUGAGAAUUAAUAAUAUGAUCACCUAAGAGAAAAUACUUUGAUCUUUUAUCAAAUUCCUUUGACUAGUUCUUAGGAAAAUGUAUAGAGAUCAGUUUGGAGAAUUUGUAAGUGGAUAUUGGGGCUUAAAGGGUUAAAAGAAAAUGGAACCAAAGUGACUUCCUAGCUGUUCAACUCCCCUCCUACUAAUUACAUACACCUGGCAACGUGAAGUUUUAGUGACAGUUCCGCUUGCCUCUUUAGAGGCCCUCUUAAGGUUGGUACACAUAUCCCUAGUCUAAAUUCCAAAACAUGUAGUUUCACGAAUUGAGGAGGAAGUAAUGUGCUGUCACAGUUUCAGCCAUCUUUGUGUCAUUUGUCACUGUUUCGUUUGCCUUAUGUCAAUGUUUCAAGACCAUGUCACUCGUCAAAAUUUUACCCCAACCAAGCCUCUUUAUGUUGACAAUUAAAUCUUAGUUUUUACAGAGGACUUGAUUGCUGGACACUCUUGGGUUCAAAGCUUUUAGGUUUCUCACAGGUUUUUUAGGAGCACAGCUUAGUGGGUAACUCUCUAUUAUAGAGAGAUUCACUUGUUCAAAGAGCUACCAAAAGUGCGGUCUUACCCAUUAAGACAGGCACUCUGUCAUCUUAUUUUGAGGAUUUUUUUUAAACUUCCAAAAUUGCUUUGAAAUUGAAGGAAAAGGUAAAAUAUGGAUCUACUAAAACAGAAAAAAAAAUAUUGAAGGUAGGAAGCUCCAUUGACUGUAGAGUGAGAACUAGAGCCAUGUACGUGAUACAAUGUUGACAUUUAAUAUCUGGGAGGAAACCAUUCAUAAACUCCAGGUUUCUUUAUUACAUGGUUAGAAAAUAAUAUAAAAAACAACAGUCCAGCCUGAUGCCUAUUUCUGUACAGGAAAUAAUACUUCCGGACAAACUCUUUAUACUUGGUGAAAUACAUUACUGAAAAGCCAUUUGAAAGGGCACGUUAAGAGAUUUUUUAAAUCUCUUUAGAAACGUAGAGAUUGCAUGUCAUUUGGGACCAAAGCAACUGUCUGCACUUACAACUACCUUGUAAAAUAUAUACAGUCACUUCAAGUGACUCAUUUUUGUGGAACCUGCAUGUAAUAUCAUGAAUUUUACAGUUUAAAAAAAUUGUUGCAGAAAUUAAGCCCCCCUCAAGAGAAUCCAUUUGAAAUAAUUCACCCCUCCCAGUCAUUUGUUGUACACUGUUGAGACAUUAUGAUACUCUAUUGCGCUCUUCUUUGUAAGCAUAAGGCUGUGUGUUUAUGCUAAAGAACGUGUUUACAUGUAGAGUCAUUUUGAAUUUAAGUCUUUUGAGAUCUGUCUGUUUUUUCAUGUAUUUUUUUUGUCUGAAAUUAAAUGCCAUGAGAGAAAAGGUAGUAAUGUUGAAGGUAACAUUGUAUGCAAUGCAAAACUGUCAUUUUGUAAUUUUUUCCUUUUGGAAGAUUCAUUUCUGUAGUUAGCUUUUUCUCCACAACACAAGGGUCUCAACUGGGUCAAAUAUCUCCUUAAUUGACUUGUAGAAUAAAAGGACUUUAAACCUUGGCUCACUUUCAUGUUUGAAAAACAAUAUCAUCCUUAAUCAAAAAAUUGUAACAUGGAAAGCAUUAUAUUUUAUAUCGUAUUAUUGGCCACUCUGGAUAUUCAUUUUUCAAUUAUCCCUUAAAGACUUAAUCAAGAUCAAACACAGCAACUUUAUUACAGCUUGUCAUUUCAAAAAAUAUAAAAGUUUAUUUUCUUUUGUUUCGAUCUACUUAUCUACAACCUUGAAAACAUUCCAAUAACAUUUGCCUGUUGUACUUGUAAUUGCUCUGAUAUUGGGAUUUUCAAGUCAACCACCAUGCUAUCAUGCUGUAAACAUGUACACAGACAGAAACCUGUAUUCCUCAGAUGUUAAUUCUUAUAAAUUUAUUUUCCAUCGUAGGUCAACAAUGGACAGAAGACAACCAAGUUGGAAAAGUUGUAGAUGGGAAUGCAGAUUUUGAGGGCAAUGGAGUGUUUUCUAAACUUCUUUUAGAUGUGAGUGUUGUUUACUUGUAUUGAUAUUAUACUUGAGUUAACUUUCCUUCCCGUGCAAAUGAUCAUUUUUCAAUCAUUCCACUUGAGUGCCUGGUGGUUGUGAUCUCCAUUCCUGAGAUUUUGUUUUAAAAAAAGCUUACAUCUGAUGUCUGUUUGUCUCGCAAUAUUGAAUUAGUUUUCAAAGUAAUUGUGGUGUCCGUGAUUGCCUUGAUUUAUUGUGUUUAGAAUGUGCAUAACAAUACAAUAUUUCAUUUCUUGUUUAAAGAAUAUAAUAUAGUUAAAUCAAACGACAAAAUAUAAUUUAUUAUUCAAAACUCAUUAAACUCAGUUUUGUUUAUUUCCAUCUGUCUUGGCUUUAAUUUUAACACUGUAAAAGUAGCACUUUUAUUUAGAAAAUAGUUUCAAGUAUUUCUUGUUCAACAUCAUCAUUUGAUUGCACGUUAUAGAUGUUUUUUAUUUUUUUUUCAAAAACCUUUUUAUUUCAAACUUAAACCCUAAGAUAUAGGAGAAGUGCUCUGAAUUAAUUUCACUCCGUCUUAAGAUGAUGUAGUUAAAUAUUCGUUUAAGUAUUUAUUUUGUUGGCUUCAUGUCUUGGAGCCAAAUUAAAUUCUAUUUUUGUCCUGUCACUUUCUUAGGCUUUAGAUGGCUUUGUCAUCGUACUCACGAGGGAUUUUGAGGUGUUUUAUGCAUCAGAAACUGUCCAAGAUUACUUAGGACUUGCACAGGUAAAUACUUAUUGCAAACAAUUUUUUUUUAAUUUCAAUGUACAGACCUUUCCUUCCUCGUCCCCCCACCCCCCAAAGAAAAGGUGUAAGACAAAUAAAAAAAAUGUAGCUGCUUAUCUUAAAAUUAGAGAACUUCCAUGACAUUGUAUUGAGUCAGUGAGCACAAAAUUGUCUUCAAAUUGAAAGAAAUGUUUAAAUAUUAGUUUUAAUGGCUUAAAGUAGAAAAAUGCAAUUUAAAGAGGUAUUCUUAGUCUAUAAAGGAUUAACAGAGUGUUAAGUUGGAAGAGAUUAACAAGGAUUAAGAAAGACAAAUUCAAGUUUUCAUAAUUCAAAAACAGUGCUGUUCCAGGUCCUUUAAGCCAUCCUUAUCUGUCAGCUGUGGUUGUCUGUUUCCUGGGUGGCAAAGGCCCAAGAUUAUGUUAUCAAUAACAUCUUACUAAUAGUACAUUUGCCAAAUGAAGAUGGAUUUUCUAAAGAUGCAAUGAUGAAUAUUGUUAGAUCGCUUUCAGUAUCACUUAAUAUGUGAGAUUAAUGUAGAUUAAUGGCUCAUGUUGGCUGUUAAUUGCCAUUAACUUUUGGUUGGUUCCUAUUUACGUUUUGUGUGAGUGCUUAGUUUUAUAUUAUAUCUUGAGAUGUGGCUGAUAACAGGCCCUGUUGAGGUAAAAUUCAAACAAUCAAAAUGGCCUUUAAACCGCAACGUAAGAUUACAUGUAGAUGAAAUGGCAACAAAUGACAUAAAGAUGGGUUACAAAUAUCGACAGGGGCAGGGCCUGCUCUUCAAAACAUGGAACAACCAUGUUUGAAAUUCAGAUUAGUGACAUAUGUAACCCCUUCCCCUCCCCCUAUGAGGGCCUCUGAUAGAUGCAAGUUGAUCCUGUUUUCUUAAGGUCUCGGUAAAUGAAAAUUUUAGUACAUUGCUCGAUUUUGUUUUUUUUGGAUUUUUGGCAUGAGUGGGUCCUAAAUUUUAUUUUGGCAGAAAAAGAAAAUCAGAAAGUGCUUUUUAACCGUUCUAAAAUGAGCCUUUUCUGCGCUAACCAGCCAAGCGUGGACCUCGCGCUAAAUCUUUAGAGCUGAUUUUCUCUCACUCUAUUUUAGACGCAAAAAUCAAAAUUCUCCGACCUCCAGUCGGGACAGGUUUUAAGCUAUCGCUUUGAAACUUUCAGAUACGAUGGAUAAUGAUAUAGACUCAAAAAGGGUGUGAGGAAUUUUCCGAUUUCCCUUUGUAACUCAUUUUAUGUCAGUUUCUUUGCGUAAAUCGCGCUUGAGAUUCGACUUUUUAGUUUGAAAUGCAAUAAUUCCGCUAAUACGAGACAUAUGCAAAUUUCCUCACACCCUUUUUUAGGUCUUUUAUCUGUCAAUCAGACGCAAUAAAAAGGAAGUGAAUAUUUAACAACGCGAAAGGGCUGGAGCUUCAGCAGUAAACUCGAUACCUCUGAGUUCGAGAGCAAAAAACUUAAGCGCCUUUUGAAAUUCGAUAAAAUAAAAUCUUUUAUAAGGUAAUUUAGUCUUUUAGCUUUAAUUUGAUAUAUAACUUGCCUUUGUAGUGAAAAUACUCGCGCGACUAGAAUUUUUUUCUGUGGGCACCUCGUUUUCCUUUACCGAGACCUUAAGUUAGUGAUUAAAAUUCAAAUGGUUGUUUACAAAUUUCAGCUGUAGAAUACAUGUACAUGUACUCUCUUUGUUAUUAUACCGCUGUGAAAAGUCAACAAAACAAACCUCUUGGUUAACAAUCUUUUGUUAUGGCUGUGUACUGUUGUUCUAGCAGGUUUUCAAUCCUUGGGUGAAAUUCUUAGGGUUUGUCCUGUGGUGCUGUUUAUUGUGCUGCACUAGGUGGUUCUGACUUUUGACUCCAUGGAUAAAUAAAUGCCUGAAGCGUGAUCAUUUAAAUGACCUCAUAAAAUACUUUCUUGUGGUGCUGUUUACCACACUUAACUUGCUUAGCUUUGGUUGACAUGUAACAGUGCUACCAGUUAGUGCUUUACACUUUAAGUUCCCAUAGUGACCAACAGAAAUUUUCUCCUAACGAUAUCCAUACAUUGUCAAGAGUAAAGUCUAUGAGAAUUAACAAAAUGAUCACAAAGAAUCUCAACUAAAUUCUUUAAGGAAAUGUAUAGAGAUCAGUGUGGAGAAUUUGUAUGUGGAUAUUGGGGCACUGAGGCUGAGAGGAAUCAAGGAAAAGAAAUAAAUUUUUAAUGAAUCUCAAUGCGAUUCUUUUCUUUUAAACUCCUAAACCAUGGAACCAAGUAUCAGUUUAAUAAUAUUCCAAAAUGGCCUUUUGCACCAUAGUUUUAUUUUGAGAUUUACAGGGUGAUUCUAAGAAUUAUUGCAUCUGAGGGCUCUAAAAAAAUCUUGAAUACAAGCUUGUCCAUUGGCAAGCAGCUCUAAAAUUUUGCUUGCCUGAGGCCACUUCUUGCUUGUCUUAUAGUGAAUGAUUUUGUUAGAGGACAACUCACCUGGUUCUUGCCAAUUGGGCAAGUAAGCUUUAAAAGUAACUUGCCCUAGGAAACUGCCCACUUACCCCUCCCCUAAACUAACACUAACACUUCCUUCUCACUUAGGGCAAAAUGAUGGCUUAGGGGAGGGGUAGGUGGGCAAUUUCCCAGAAACAUAAAGUGAUCCAAAAAAUCUACUAUGUCGUGGACUACUGGACGGGACUAUUCUCCAGCCCUGCAUCUGCUAACUGUGGCUUUUUUAAUGCUCUGAAAAGGUCAAAUUAGUACCUUUUUUCUGAGAUUAAUAGGAUUAAUAAAAGGUCAAGGAUUAGUAGCUUAAGAUUAGUUUCUUCUAAUCCACUUAUAUUAGUUAUGGCUGGUGUUUUCCUGAUCUGAUUGUUCAGUGCGGAAGAUCUGAUAUGCACAAGAGGAGGUUAUUGCUGGAUGUAGGGUGGCAAUGUCUAUAACCUCUUCUCUUUUAUUUGAGUGUUUAUACUUAACUCUUUGACUGCUCCUCCUAAUAACAGUCAAUGCAAGAACUUCACAAAAAUUCCAAAUUUUGUUUUGUAAAAUCGUAAGACAAAAAAAGCACCAUGUGCUACAGUUCUUCCAAAAAGGUUUCUUUUGAAUGUUCACUUUGUAGGAUUUUUUCUGUAGAUUUAAAAGGUAGUGGUGACAAAUUAUCCUGCCAUAACAUGGGGUUCAUUUGACGGUGGGUGUGAACGAGAUAAGGGUCUAAUCUGAAGGUUAAGGACCAUGAGUGUAUACCUUUAGAUGCAACAGUAAUGUAGGCUAAUGUCUCUGUUCUAGACAAUUUAGAAUGUUCACACCUUAAAAGUGGUUGAUAGUGUAAUAAUUACUGGAGAGCUUUAGAUUUGAGGAGAGAACAGUACCAGAAGGAGAUCUAACUUAAAGUUUUUGUGCGUGUUUAAAAGAAAAAGACACCCCAGAAGGCUUCAAUGUACUUUUUUUCUCCAAAAAAGUUAGUACUGUUAUUUACUGAAGGAGGCUAGGCCUCUCCUGAUAGCAGAAUGAUAAAACUUCUUACAUUUGAUAACUUGUUCCCACCACUAAACUCUAGAAGAAUGACAACAGCUAUCAUGUUUUUCUGCCAAAAUGACGCUGGUUUACCCGUGAGCAAUACUCAGUAUAGAGAAAAUAUUGUACUCAUAGUCGUACUUGUCUCAGAAUCUAAAGGUCUCUGCUAUCGUUUUUGUGUCCAUCCCUGAAGCAUGGUAAUUUUUGUAGUACCUACAGCUGUAGUUUACUCUUCAAGCUUUAACUGCCACUUUUUACCAGUGAAAAUAAUGUGAAGGUCAGGCAGUAAAAUCAACCACAAGUUUGUUGCCAUUCCAUCCCCAUUCCAUCAUGUUUUGUUCACGUGCUUUUGAAACUAAGGAGAAAACAUGAAAGUUACACGCUACCUCUUAAGCUUGGACGGUGAAAACAGUAAUAAAAAGGCCUUCCCAAAUGACAAUCGUGAAAAAAUGUUGAUUUUGCAUCAUAAUUCCAACAUUUCAAAAGUGACACAUGGAGACCAAAGUGUUGAUGUUUCAAUAGUCAAACUAUGCCCUAAAUUUGUCACCCUUCAGAGAUGAUACAAGUGGUGGUAACAGCAACAAAGAAGUGUUGUAUUUUGAGGAACAGGAAGUCAUUACUUUUUAAUAUAUAACCACAUGGUUUGAAUUUUUUACCUGGUUCCUUAAAUGUGACAAUCCAGUUUUGGUUCUCUUACUGUGUAAAUUUUCCUAUUGUUUCUCGAAAUGUUUGAAAUUCCAUCACAUUAACAGGGAUGUUUUUGUUUCAUUUUAUUAUGCCAAGGUCAUCACCCACCCCCCAAAUAGUUGAAAGGCGAUAUUCAAGAAUGCAGUCUGCAUUUAAAAUGUAACAUUUGAUUGAAAGUUCUUAUUCGCAAGGAAAAUGGACAACGUUAAAAAGUUUAAGUGUUCAUUGGAGUGUCUUCAUCUCAAAAGAAUAUCACCCACAGAAUUAAUAGUGGAAGUGCUUUGUUUGUUUAAGAAAUGCCAUUUCACUAAAUAAACAAAUGAAUGCUCACAAUUGGAGAUUAUCAUUCACUUACCUGAGUAUCAUUCUCUUCCUUGUAAGAAUCAAGCUUUGGUGAAGUCAUUAACCUUCAACAAAAUUAUAAGAUUGUGUUUUUGAUAAAGAAAGUAGUAACAUUUUUCCAUGUUAGUAAAGCCAGUAGUUUGUUUACAUUUCUGGUUCUAGAAAAUGUCAUUUCUUGUACUAGGAAUGUGCAUAUGUUUUCUGUUUUCUUUCUGAUGGAAUAAUAAUCUUCCUCUUAAGAGGAGAUCACCCUAUCUGUUGAGUCAUUAAAAAGUAUCCAGGCUUCAAAAACUCAUUAAUAUUCAGUAGGCAUAUAGUCCAAUUAUUGACUUCGCAGAUUUAAUCAUGUGUAUUUAACAAUUAUUCCACCAGUGCACAGUGGACAUGAGAUGGUAGUAUGAGAUUGUAGAUAGCCAACUCGGCGCCAAGCGCCUCUAGUGCCGAGUUGGCUAUAAUCAUUUCAUAUCCAACAAGCGCGAGUGGAAUAAUUGUUUUAUUAAAAAACACCCACAAAAUAUAGAGAAUUCUUUCUGGCUUUAUUUGUGCAGAUGCGUACAGUUACGAUAUUUGGAGAGCAUGGUAUAAUGGCUCAUAUACCAUGAUGGCUAAGCCAAUCAGAACUCUAGAAUUGCAUUAUCCAAUGAUUUAGUUUUUAGUAAAGACCUUUAUACUUGAUAAGAUUCUGCAAACUGAAAAGUCAGGCUUUGAAUUCAGUCUCAGGGGAAAUGUGAGGUUGAAUGACUGAAUCAGUGGAAUACCAGUGUAAAUUUUAUGUAAAGAAUACCUAUAGACAUGAAAUUUAUAUAUUGACAGUCCUCCUAAUUUACAAAUAAAUGAACACUUAAAAAUUUGACAAAAUUAAUCUCCCAGGAAAAGUUCAAAAAAUUUUUCCUCAUCCUUAACUGAACAAAAAAAACCGUUGACCAGUCAGAAGUUAUUCUAAAACGAAAUACAAAGUUUUCUAACCAAAAAAGCACCAAGCAGCAGUCCAUGUUACCAUUUCAAGAAGUAAUGGGUGAAAUUAGUGACAAGCAACGAAAUAAAAUUCUUACCAGUUUGCAAUUCUGUUAAUUAUGCCGUGUCGCAGUUACAUUUAGUGACACUCUACACAAUCAAUUUUUUCCUCUUCUGUUGUAUUAUGUUUCCUCCACCGUUAUAAAUUCUGAAAAGUUCUAACCUUUUUUUCUUUUUUUCCAGGCCAGUGUAAUUCAUCAAGAUUUCCUGAGGUUUAUACACGUCGAUGAUCAUGACCUUAUCAGGAAAAAUCUGCAACCAUUUCCAGAAGAUGAAGAGGAACAAGUAAGAGAGUAUUAUUCUCUAGAGUAACUUGUGAACAGGCUCGCAGAGCAUCUGCUGACACUUUAUUCCUCUCUUCUCCCGUUUCCUCAAAGACAGCUAGUUUUCAAAGUGACAACCAUUGCUUUAAUGCCAACAUGCAGGUUGUUGUGAUGAAAAAUAUUGUGCUUACUGUUUAAGCUCAUGUUUGAUUUCCAGACUCGGCAUGGUUGCAAAGUCCUUUUGAUACAAGGCGAUUCAAUACAAGUUAAUUUAGUUGAGGUGUAAUAUUAGUUUCACGUCCUUGGCUUACAAAGAAUAUUCACCCAAAAUGUUCUUCUUGUUCACAUGCAAUCUAUACUUGAAGUGAACAAAAGUUUUGUGCAAUUUCACUGCUUGGAUUGUAUCAAAACGACUUGUACCAAAACAACUUUGUAUUGAAACAACCAGUUUACAGAAUCAUACAUGGGACAACUUGUAAGCUAAUAUCGGUCUUUUCCAGUCCAUCUCCAAACACCAGCAUUUCUAAAUUCCAAUUCGGCUUGUUUGAAAAAGAAAAACAACAGUCAUCUUGUGAGAGCCAGUGACACCUACAGUUGUAAAUGGGUAAUCAGAAGCAGGGAAUUAACACUUCCAGAACUGGGCCCAAUCUUUAAGGUCUUAAGAGUGACUAACAUCAAUUUUCUCAGGUAGAGAUCCAUACCGGUUUCCACUGUUUUACGCAAAUCGGUCAGAUUUUUCAUAAUAAAUGUAUUUUUAGUAAAAAACUUUAAACCUUCCAAGUUGAAAUCUGAAAAAUGGUUUGGACAGUCAGUAAAUAUCCUGUCUGAAUGAAUCAUAAACCCAGGAAAGGGGCUUUAGGGAGUUAAAAUCCAAAACAUUUACUAGGGGAUCGGGAGCAUGCUGCCAGACCUCCCUAGAAGUAGGAAAUCGGUCGGUAUUUAUUCUAGAUCUGCGCCUGUUUCUCCUAACAACAUCAAUACAUUAUCACUAGAAAAGGUUAGGAGGAUUAAUGAAAUUGUUGUCAAAAGAAAAAUGUCUCAAUCUUUCAUCAAAUUCUCUAAACCUGUUUUGAAAGAAAAUGUUUGGAGAUCAGUCUGGAGAAUUUGUAUGUGGAUCUUGGGGUGUAAAGGACUAAGAGCAAGUGCCAAGGGGUUUUCUUGUUGUUCUUGUAAACUUUGCUUGAAGUUAUUGCCUGAGAAAACUGCGGCAGGAAAAGCUCUUGAAUGCAGAGCAGGAGGUUGCGGGUUCAACUCCUAGGGCCGGACCAAUACUCAAGGUCUUAAAAUAACUGAAAAAUGAAGAUAUUGCCUUUGCCCUGCAAACGGCUAGACCUUCACGUGGCUCGGAUGACCACCUAAAAUGGUGGAGGUGUAAAAAAGUGUCCUCAAUUAGUACUUUUGUGCUAAAUACAUUGACACACAAAAUAAUAAGGUGGAUUUUUAUUUUUUACUUUAUUUUUUUUUAUACUACACAAUGAAUUUUAAACCACUAACCACAUUAGAGGCCAAUAUAGUGUUUUGAUUUUGGUUCUAAAUUGACAAGAUAAAUAUCAAGUAUUGAAUGUUAUCUAGAGCAAAGUUCUUUAAUCCUAAAGAUGAGGUCCUGAAGAUGUUAGAUAAAAGAGAAAACAUUACAAGAAAGCAAGGCAUUCAUGUUGCUUAAAUUUGUCCAAAAGUUUUAUGCAGACCUGUCUCCUAGCAAUAAUUUUAAACAACACUUUCUUUUCUUUUUGGCCUUCAUGGCCCAGUAACCUUUCUAUGUUGUUUAAUGCAUUGUAAAAAGAAGCAAGUGGUUAUUAAUUUUCAUGGCUUCCCAUUUUUUUUUCAUAUAUUGCGUUAUCCUGAUAUUGUCUGCUGCACAAAAGGAUUUACAAUUUAUGACAGUGUUCCCUGAAAUAAUCUUUUUGAUAUUUGAUACACUCAUCCACUCCAUUUGAACAUGAUAAAGUGCUGGGAUAUUUGAAUAUAAAACAAAAAACAAGGUCUGAUUCAUUUCCAGUUCUUUCUCUUAUUUGUUUAAAAACUCUCUUUCUGCUAGCUACCUAUACCUUAAUUGGUUUUGGCUAUACUUACAUGUAUCUAGUGGAUGGGACAUUUACGGUUAUAUUAAGGUUACAUAAGUCAUUUAAUAAGACUGUUGAUUGAAAAUUUUUUUCGCAUUAUAUUGCUUUGUUCAAAAUUCAUGUAUAAAAAUAGUACAUUAGUAUAUUUGACAUUCCAUUUGUUGAAUUAUUUUACAGAAAAUUAGAAUUCUUGAUGAAGAAAAUGAUGGUACAGCUUCGGAGACAGGAAGCACUUGCAGUGGAGGUAAACUGUCUUUUGAUUAAAAUUAUGACUUUCCUCUGUUUUAUGGUAAGUAAGAUUCUUGACCAGCCAAACCUGAGUUUUUACUCUUCUUUGAUAAAAGUUGACUUGCUACAAGUCGACCUCUCAUUAGUUCCUAAAAGCGUGGUUAUUAGGAGACUGAUUAUGAAGAGCGGCAAACAUCAAGUAUAAAAGCAAUGGUGCUGUAGUUUAUAGUGGAGGCUCCCUGAAGGUGCACAAUCCUUUGUUUUCUUGUGUCAAAUUGUGACGGAAUAAAUUAAUGCAACGUUUUUAUUGGUCAAUAUGAUCAAAAUGAUAGGAAUGCUUUUGAAUGUUGUGCACUUUCAGGUCCACAAAAACAUAUCAACAAGGGAAUCUGACGUGUUUCAUAACCAUUCCACUCUAUUAAUGCUUAAAGGAAGCUUUGAAGUCGUGCAUCGAUUUGUUGAUCGCUCGACUUGUUUCACCUGAAUGGAGUUGAAUCAUAUCAUAAAUUCAUGGAUGAAAAAGUGAUUGACAUAUGCUGUGUCGGAAGUGGCAUCAAAUAUUACUGACUCCUAUUGGUCAAUUGUCAUGACAUCACUGAAUUGCUUGGUUGAAUUUUGCACCAAACAUGUAUGAAAAGUCCUUUAAAAUGGCAUCACCAACCAGAAAAAAAAAUUAAAGGACUAUUAGAAAGUCUAGUAAAAGUUAAGGACCACUGAUCAUUUCAUUGUUGUUGAUGAGACAUAUCAUAAUAUUUACAGAUGAUGGAAGCAAAAGUGGAGACGACGUAGAGACAGAGAGGUCAUUUGUGUGUAGAAUGAAAUGCAUACUCAACACCAGCGCUGGCUUUUUCAAGGUUUGUCGGUAGAAAUUGAUUUAUUUCAGGGUUUGUACGGGUCAUGGUAAACCUGGAAAGUCACGAAAUUUAUGCAUCCCAUUUUACAGUCCUGGAAAGUGGUGGAAAAUUAAAGUUAUGUUUGGUAGAUUAGUUACUGCAGAUGUCAAAGCAAGGAUAAUGUAAGAUGGAGACAAGUAAUUGAACAGUGCAAAGAGGGGGUGGGGGUGGCAUGGUCCACACAUUUUGGUGGACACCAGAGUGUGUGUGUUGAACUUGGUAUGAUUGAAACAUACCCUAAAACAAGCUAAAAUCAAGAUAGACCUAAGUUUAUGGAAAACUUUAAUGGUUCAUGGAAAAUUCCUGGAAAGUCAUGGAAUUUGUAGAGCUAAAAAGAGUUUGAACGGAAACUUGGGAAAAUUCUUUGAUUCUUGGUAUACACUUUCAUCACCUAUUUUUUGCAGACAAAAGUUGACUGUUAAAAAUUUCAAUUUCUAGAAUCCUUGUCAUGGGAAAUUAUGUUGUUAAUUAUGUCCAUAAAAAAAUAGAUGCUUAGUGUGGAUAUGUUUAACUCUGCAGCCAUUCCGAUGUAGUGGACGUCUACGUGAAAUGACCCUUCCAGAUAGUGAGAAACGUGAAUAUGGUCUGUUCAUGAUCUGUACUCCACUGGAAACUGUAUCUUCGUCAAUGCUUGAGAUCAGGUUAAAAACAUCAUUGUUCUGCACCAAGAACAGAAUGGACCUGAGUUUUAUGGACAUUGAUCAGAAGUAAGACGAUGUUCUUUCAUUUGUAAAGAUUUCAUUCUUUUAGAAAAUCAUUACUAUUAGGUUGGUAUUGCAACAUACUGAUAAAACUGGAAUCCAAGUGACAUUCCUCAUGAGGAAAUACUACUGGUAUAAGAGAAAUGGUAAUGGUAUGCUUUUCUUGCCAGGGGGCGAUCUUUGCUUGGCUAUCACAAGAGAGACAUAGCUCUGCAAUCAAGUUACUGUAUGAUUCAUUUUGAUGACAUCCCUGUACUGCAGACUCUUCACAAUGACUGUAAGUAAAGCUCUGCAAACUUUAAAUAUCCACAUGUGUAGCUGGUACACCAAAUUAAAGUUGUAGCCUCUAUGCCUUAAAGCGUAUGAGUAUGGUAAGUUAAGGCUGCAGUCACUGCUUGAUGUAAAAUAGCAGAGCCAUUGCAUAAACAAUCCAUAAAGCUGCUUGUCAUCUUUUAAAGGAUGCCUUUACACUUCAUUCUCAGCCAAGCUGGGAGAGCAGAUUAUUGUGCUUUGUAUUUACCCUGCCUUCACGAAAAUGAUUGACAGAACAGAAAACCCAAAGUCCCUUCGAAGUUUGCAAUACAACGAAUUUCGGUGUAACUGAUGAUAAUUUUGAAAUUCUGGUAUGUGAAAAAAUAAGAUAAUAUAAAUAUAUAUGUUGCAGUUAAUUUUUAAUUUCAGUUAAUUUUUGUUUUUCCUUUGUUUUAAAUUCAUUACCAUACAUUACCAUACCCCAAAACAAUGGAAAAAUAAAAAUUAACUGAAAUAAAAAAUUAACUACAACAUAUAUAUAUAUCAGCAUGCAAAGAAAGUAGUGUCCGAUAGCCCGCGGCUAGUGGAAUUUGCUAUCGGUCUACUGAAUUCUGUUAUUAACUUGCCCGACGGGCAAGUGAUCUUUUUUGAGGAAAUCAACUAACAGAAGAACUGUGAAAUCAAUUCUGCUCUUCAAAAAGCUUUUGGGGCUAGUUGAAAUGACGUCUGGGCUAGUAAAUGUUAGCUUCAGCUUGCCCUAAUGGCAAGCUGUAAAAAUGGUUUUCUUUGCACCCUGUUAUAUAGAUGUAGCCAAAACCAAAAGCAUUUUAAGAAUUUAUUUUUCUUUUACUAGUGAUGACAACUGGAAAAUGCCAAGGAACUUUCCGCAUGCUUAAUAAAAACCUCAAAUGGCAGUGGUUAACAGGAACAGCACAAGUGGUGUUUAAAGGAAAUGAACCUGACUUUAUUAUCACAACAAACAGGCCUCUGAGGUGGGUUUUAUAUAAUUUUUAUCAUGAAGAAAGGUUAUCAUCCUGAGGGUACCUUGUUCCUCUGACUACCAUGUACAAAUUUUCUUGUACAAGCCAGAACUGCAAUUAACCCUUUAAACUCUUAGGUAAAAAUCCAACAAAAUUUUCUAACAAUUUCAACCUUGCAAAAAUGCUUUGACAGAGUUUUAGUAAGUGAAAAUACUAUACAACUGAAGAGGUUUCAUUUAAAUGGUAAUACCAUACAUGUGUUGUGGAGGCUUGUGUGGCGGAGUGGUUAACGAUCCUCAAACUCCGGAUCUGGAGGUCCGGGGUUUAAGCCUCGCCCAUUGCGUUGUUUCCUUAGACAAGGAACUUUACUCCACUUUGUCUCUCUUCACCCAGGAGUAUAAAUGUGUGCUCGCGACAUACUGCUGGGGGGUAACCCUACGAUGGACUUGCAUCCCAUCCAGGGGGGAGUAGUAAUACUCCUAGGUGCUUCAUGCUAUGGAAACGGGAUAAGCUCUGGCAUUUGGACCUUUGCCUACCAAAAACGUGUAGGAUUUCAUCAGCAGACUUAAAGCAAAAAACUAUUUUACAGGACUCAAUCAUUCACUCUGGACAUGAAAAAGUGCUUAUUCUGGCUUUCAAGUUAAUUAAUAGAUUUAGCAAAGGGCCUGCCAAGUGAUAUCUGAUAGACAAAUUGCCCCGUGUUUCCUUGUCAAACAAAGGGAGACUGAAAUAACCAUAAGAUUAAGGUUACCAAAAAGGUUUUUCACCUGCUCUGGCGAAGACAUUUGGUGUAGAAAAUUCCCCAACUCAAAGCAAAAUUUGAGACAAGAAACUUCUUUUGCCACAAAAAUACUCCUGCUGCUUUCAAGUACUUCCAGGGAAUGGGUCACAACAUCAACCCACACUGUGUAAAAGUACUAUCCGACAAAAAUAUCAUCAUCAAGCGCUGGGUCAAGAAGGCCAUGGCUAUCAAGCAAAGAAAACCCUCUCUGAAUAGGGGCAAGGGACUGGACUUACGAGCAAUUUAUAAUCCUCUCUCGGGGUUGUCAGAAAGUUUUGAAGUGGACAGGUGAGUUGUUAAAGUAAGUGGCCAGUCUGUAAAGAAAAAACGCCAUCCGUAAAGAAAUGCCAAGCAGAAUAGCUGGCCGAUACUAACCAAGUAGGCGGUGAUUUUCGCCGGCAGCUGGCUACUUUUGACAACCCUGGGAUACAUAACAGCUUUUCUGUUACACAAUCUGACACUUCACAACGCUGAUGAAGUUCAAGCGAUUCAGUUGAAAUAUUGAUUUUCUGUCUCAAGUUUUGCACCGAGUUUUGGAAUUUUCAAUACAUGAGAUUGAGAGUCUCAAAGGGCUUCUUCCUUAGCCGAACAUUAUCUAAGUAACUGUGAUUUGGGUACUGUUUGCAGUGAUGAGGAAGGUGAAGAAAUAUUAAGACAAAGAGGGCAAUUCCCAGCUCUGCCAUUCACAGCAAGUGAUUGUGGGUCACCUAGCCCACGAAGCCCUGGCAGUCCAGCCAGUAUUGGAAGCUACAGGAAUGGUGGCAGUCCACAGGCAGUUCCUUGGGAUCGUUUCUCUGUGAAGAUGGAUACCUUUAAAUUUCCGAACAUGCCCACAAAGUACCCUAAUAGUAAUGGUAGAGUUAAGAAGAAGCCGCCACAGCAAAUUUCUGAUGAUAUUGCGAAGUCCCCUGCAAGCGGUAAGUGUUUUCCUUUUUUUGCGUUAAUAACGCUUCAGUAUACAGAUAAAAUAAUGAUAAGGCUAUGAGAGGGCCAUGGGUUUUUGGUAAAACUAAUAGCAAUGAUCUUGAAGACAACGUUAACUAUAUAUCUUAAAGUAAUUAUUGUUUCUUGAGAAUAUGAAGCAAUCACUGCCAGCCCUUUACCAUGUGAAAACAAUGAUAAAGGCAACAGAAAAAACUUUGGCCUUUGGCCAAGUUAUUCUUGAUGUGGUGUAUGAAAAUUCUCCACAGAGAUGAGAAUGGUUCCAGAAAAUUAGAAGUUAAUGGCCCUGGACACUUACUGUAUUAUAUAGGAAAUUAAUGGUCAGUGAGAUUAUGGUAUUGAAAAUAAUGCAAAUUUAAUGGAAAACAAAUUUCAGAUAAAGGAAAUUAACGCAAAGGAGGGGGUAACAUUUCAGACUGAAGUAAAUUAAUGUGCCGUUUACAAAGAAACAAAACUUGUUGAGACACAGGAUCAAAGUUAAAUGUAUAAUCUGAAAUGGAAACUUUGUGUGUGGUUUUUUCCCUAAAUGUACCAAGGGGAUCAAUGGAAGAAACCUCCCCACAUCGAGGGUUCUUUACAGUUUUACUGGUACUGGCAGACCUCGGCCCUGGUGCAAAAUACUCCUCUUUCUUGAGAAGUUGGGGCCAAAAUAAUGGAAAUUAAGUUCGCGGAAAUCCUCACUCCACUUAAUUAAUGGUGCAGAAAUAGAGGGGUUUGGGGCAUAAAGGAUACUUUGGAGAUUGAUUAGUCCGGGGGGGGUUACACUUGCUUAAUAAUCAAGGCGAAGACUUAUUUUGGCUAUGUAUGCACACGGAUAUAGAGAUUCCAUUUAAUUAAAAAGUAAAGUUUUUGAAUUAAAAUAGACAUGUGAGUCAAAAAGAGGCAUUUUAUGGUAUUGGGUCUUAGUUAAUUUUGUAUUCUGGCCGAGGGGUGGGCACUUAUUUAGUGGCAAGGGCUUGUUUGCUGGUGCUCAUUUGAGGAAGUAUGGCUUUUGUAGGAAAAAAGUAUUACGGUAUAGACUACAAACAUGAAUUUUGCCCAUUGCAAAGGUCACAAGGAUGUAUUUAAAAACCAGUUCUUAACUGUCAGAUCAGUCACUGCAAAAGGUGCCCAGUUGUUUUGUCCCCUGAGCAAAGAAAGAAGAAAGAUGAAAACAAUCAUUUCUUGUUAAAGCAUUUUGGCAUGAGUAGCUGCAGUUUCUUUAAAUCUGCUAAAGAAUUUCAGCGACUGAAUAUGAGCAAAGUCACAGGUGGGAGAAGUGACUGUAAACCACUGUGCAAAAACAUCACUAUCUUAUUAAUGUAAAGUUUGUUUUAUUGACUUGUUAAAUCCAAUGCGUAUAUGCAUGUAGGUGUAGCAGUAUUCCUAUCCACAGCAAGUUGCCAGUGUUUUUGUUAUUGCUAUGUGCUGCAACAUCCAUACGUGCAACCUGCAAGUCUCGCUGUUUCAUGACGGCGAAAUGGGGAUCAGAUGUGCUGCUGGUUUUCUUUCACUUGCCCGCUUAUUUUGUGCUAUGAGAUCCAUGUUUGGCUGCUGCCCCCUCUGCCCUCUCCCUCCUCCCUCUCCCUCCCCCCUUCCCCUGCCAUUAAGGUUACCCAAUAAUUUCAAGGCACCUCUCUAAACACUCUUAAAGAAACAUUCUGUAUUUCUUCAAGGGAUUGUGAUGUUUGAAUUUCUAAAAAUCCCAGCAAUUUUGUUUAGGCCAAUCCCUUUUCAGAAUGAAACAAAGACUACCUUUGAUUUUUACUCAUUUUAAUUAUUCUAAAUCCAUUACAGUUUUUGGUUAAAAGUUCAUGCUUAAAUAGAUAAUAAUGAGGUAAAAUUCGUAGGUUAUUUCGAACAUCUUGGCCUUUAAAGCUAUUUGGUAACCUUUCAUGUAAAUACCAUCUGCAAUCACAAAACUAUUGGCUGAAUUUCAGUGAUAAUGUACAUUAUUUCACCUGUAAAUGGAGACAUUUUACCCCUUUGCAUUUAGAUUUUUAAUUUUUACUGUGCAAUUUAUCUAGUAAUGUCUAUAACUGCCACUGAAUUUUCUGUGAACAUGAUCCAAUAAAAAAUCUCCUUUAAUUUUCUCUGAAUUACUGUAAAAAUGCACCUAAAACAGAACUCUUUGAAUAGAUGUUAUUUUGAAGAUGUACAUUUUGAAUCAAUAUGAAAAAUCCUUGAAAAUGUUUUCCAUCCAAAAUUUUUUAAAGCUCUCUCUAAGUACCUGGUAAUAGUCGUCCAAUUGGGACUCACCAUUUGUUCUGUUGUUAUUAGGUGCAACCUCCCCAAUGGAGGAAGAUCUUCCCCCUUCACCACAGCACCCUGGGUCCCCAUUUCCUGAUGCCCUCUUAAGUUCUACCUCUUGUACUUCUGCACCCUUGUCUCCGCCCUUGCUGGACUUGGGUGUAGAUAUACAAGCUGAGCUUGAAAAGGAUGCUCCUGACCUAGACUUCGCGCUUCUUGAUCCACAAGGUAAGAUGAACCUUGUGUUGCUCUCUUGCUCUCUCUCUCUCACUGCUGCUUGCUUUUCUUCGUUUCCGCUUUCUGUACAACGCAGACUCUUUCACUUAAAGUAACUCUAACGUUAUGCACCCUGUAAAUAAUUAAAGUAAUAACGUAAAGUUCUGUUAAUGUCUUUUAAUGCUGAGUAACUUUACUUCUAUAUUCUUAUCUAUUAUUUAUAAAUGUUAGUUAAUGGUUAUAAAGUUAACUUUGUUGGUAAUAAAGUUUAGAAUGAGAUCAAGUGCUCUUUCAAGGCCUUCAAAAGUAAUCAUAUAAUUUCAUUUGGUUUAAAUUAAAUUAAUAACGACACUGAUAUUCUAACCAAUCAGAGCAGACAUCCUUUGCCCAGCCUAUCAUCAAAUGCAGACGUGCUCACCCAGUCAAAAGGAAAAUUGCUACUUUGUGGCUUGCGUCACUUUCCUCAAAUUUCACUCAGUGAACUCGUUUUUGUGUUUGAGUAUGCAUUUGUUUCUCAGUGUCACUGUGACGUGUUAAGUAUUCUUAAGGUCAUAAAGGACUACUUUAGCCCUUAUGAUUAUGUACAAGAGGGAGGUUGGAUGCCUACCCCAUUCGUUAUAAGGUUGCCAUUCACCAUUUUGACAUAGACCAUAAUGCACCUUGUUUACCCUCCAACAUUUUGCACAACCAUUGUCUUUGCGUGUUCUCAGGACAACCGUAAUACCCUGGAGAAAUUGGAAAUGAUGGCUAUGCAUUUUUUUUUUUUUGCAUGGGGGGGGGGCUAAACAAGGUACGUAAUAGUGUAUGUGAAAUGGUUAGUGCAGAAAUUUCAUCAAAGUCUCUCACUUUCAUGGUCAUGUUUUGGUGAGACAGUUUUUGAAAACAUUAUUAAAAAUUAUUUUGGACGGAAGGCUGCUAUCUAUACAAGAUGCAGUAUUGGGAUUAGGGUUAUUCAGCGACGACAUCUUGAAUGUAGCAUUUCUUAUAAGGCCAUUUGAGUCAUUUACUAACCAAAUGAUGUUUCACACACCACUGCAGGUUGUAAUAAUCAUUAUAAUGCAAUAGAACUAAUACAGAACACUUCAAUGCAGUUGCUUUGCAUGAUUAACACCAGUUUGAGUAUGUCAGAGUUACGGCCAAUAAGACAAAUCAAGAGGAACCAAUUUUCUUUUUUUCAUUCCAUUUUUAGUCAUAACUUCCAGUAAUUCAGUCAUAGUGCGCUUGCCAGCUAGCACACUCAUUUUUAUAACCUUAUAAUGCAUGACAUUCCUAAAUGUACUAAUGGUGAUAAUCAAGUUUUUUCAUAUUUUUAUCAGUAUUUUGAGUGCUUAUUUUUUACGCCUUCUGUUUAAAGGGACAGUAGGGCCAUUUAUACCAGGAAAAAUAAGACGCAUCUUACAUAAGAUGCGUCUUAAAUAAAUGGCACAUUUCGUCUAAAAUAAGACGCGACUUAGCUAAGACGCAUCUUAUUUUAGAACAGCCCUUAACACCUGUUCUUAGAUAAGACGUGUCUUAGCUAAGACGAGAAAAACUUCGUAUAAAUGACCUUCGCGUCUUACAUAAGACGCAAACGCAUGGUACGCGUGCGUUAAUUUUUGGCGGGAAAAUUUUUGUGCCUUGUUGGUUGCCGUUGCUAUGGGCAACAUUCAUAUGAAAACGAGUCAAGAACAGAAAUAAGACGCGAACCAUUUAUACGAGCUGUUCUCGUCUUAGAUAAGACAUGCUUGUAUAAAUGGUACAGUUCACGUCUUAUUUAAGACGCGUUUUAUGUAAGACGCGUCUUAUUUUUCCUCGUAUAAAUGGCCCUAGUGUGUCACAGUUUGCUCCAUUGUGUAUAGUGGUUUUAGUUUUAUCACUUAAAUGUAUUUUCUCUGAACCUUAGUGACAGCAGAGAAAUGGUUUCUUAAUUUUGUGAGCACAGCUUCAUGACAAACAGUUUUUUCUCCAGAGCACCAAUUCAAAAUUACAAAUGACAAUAUUAAACUUCGAAAGCUUGUCAGACUGGACGGGUUUCAAUAUCGAUUGGAAUUGUCUUCACAGUUGCAUAAUGAUCUUUCACUGUUUCAGGUGGUCAUUUUUAUGUUUCACUCAUUUCAGUGGACAGUUCAUAAUGCUGAAUGUGGCUAAAUUGCCUUUAGAACAGCUUCCCUAAAAAUCUCUCAGCCAUGUGUCGGCAUACUGCCAACCCACAGUUCACUGACAGAUGACCAACAGCUCUGUGGCAGUCAGCUAACAGACUAGCACUAACCCCAGUUUAUUAAAAAAAUAUGUUCACCAUACAUUUGUUAUUACUGCUAACAGUCAUAAACCAACAGCCCAAUUUUUCCAAAAGUGCACAGACAGUUGCUGACACAUUGCCAACAGAUAACCGACAAGCGAUCAACAGUUAACUGACUGCCAGCCAUCUGUUGGCUGACACUUGGCUGACUGUCGGUCGACAGUCUGCCUACAGACAGGCUACAGAUUUUUGGGGAGCUGUUCUUCAAUUUCACGGAGAAAAGCACUAAUUGAACUAUAUUACACCCUUUCAGUUUUGGAUGUGUCUAGACUUGGCUCUGAUCAUCAGUAGUUUGGGGCUGAUGCUAUUCCAUAAAAUGAGAUUUUUGGUUUUUGGGCUCUUUUGUGCUCAUGUUUCCGAGAUGCCUUGUCCAUUGCAUAGGCUUAAUUGUGGGUGAUUGACUUGUUAACCCUUUCAGUCCCAAUAGUGACCAAGAUCAAUUUUCUCCUAACAAUAUCCAUACACUGUCAAGAGAUAAGUUAUGAGAAUUCAUAAAAUGAUCACCCAAGAGAAAAUGCUUUGAUCUUUCAUCAAAUUCUCUCAACUAAUUCUUUAAGGAAAUGUAUGGAAAUGUUGGGAGAAUUUGUAUGUGGAUACUGGGGCUUAAAGGGUUAAACUUUAUAUGCUGUUGGUUGUCGAUUUGAGUCUUUGUCUCCUUUUUUCCAUAAUUAUCGUGGAAUAGUGUGUUGCGCGGACAAUUUCAGCACUCUAAAACUAAUUUCAUAACCUGAAAUUAACUAUAGCAAAUAAUAACUGUCUGUGCUCAAACUGUGAACUUAGUUUUGAAGUACAACUCUCUGACUGUUUCUGCAUCUUAUUUCACAGAAUUGUCAUUAGACGAUUUCCCACUUGAACCACUAGAGAAUGUUUCGCGCAUUGAGGAAAUGGCGUCAUCCAUGUCACUACUGGCUGUUGAUCCACCAACGUACGAGGAAGCGAUACGUCUUGCUACAGAAUGUCUUUCAAGUUCAUCUAGUGGUGGACUAACAAGCCCGGAUGGAAGCCAUCCUUCGUUAUCUCAAAGUCCACCCCAAGGAAAUCUUGAGCAUUUUCCAGCUGCCUCACCUUACCCCUCCCCUGGUUACCCAUCACCUCAUAUGUCACCUGGUAAUUUGCCAACUCCAGACCCCUCCCCCAUUGGUAAUUCCAAUCCUUCCACAGCAAGUGUGAACAUCUCUUGGCAGGGUAUGGGGCAAAUGAAAGUCUCCUCUCAACCUCAACAGCACUGCCCACCCCAGCAAAACCAUCUGCCUUAUUCAACCAUCCCAUCGCCACAGCCUCCGAUACAAGUCCCAAGCAAAUCUGCUCUGAUCUCAGCUGAAAUGAAAAAGAGAGAAAAGAGUGAUACGUACCACCGUAACAGCUGCAUCUCGGGACAAUCACCCAACCCCAUGACAAGCCCUAGAAGAAUGCAAAAUAUGCCAGGUCAAAGUAUACCUAGUAACUGGCAACAGCAGGUGCAGUCAGUGCAACAUCAACCACCAACACACUUGCCGCACCAGCAGGGCUAUGAAUGGAAAGCCCCACAAGUGCAUACCGGUAAUCACAUGCCUUAUUUUCCCGGAGAAAGAACUGCCACAGCCACAAGGCCAGAUAACCCAGUUUAUGCCACAAAUAUGCAGGGGAGGAAUUGGACGGUCCCUCCCCUGUUUGAGGACACGCUGCCACCCCUUGAGUGUGACAGUGUAGGUGGCUACAUGAAGACUGGGCAAAAUGUUCAGGGUCAUCUUCAACACCACAGUAUGGACCCCUCUAUUUUAUCACCACCUUAUCAGGAGGACUUUCACUCAGGAUUCACUUUUCAAGGGAAUCCAUUACCAGCGAUGAGUCAAGGGCAAACAACUCUUGGGCACUGGUGA